AAAAAAAAAUUGGCCAAAAAUUGAAGCUAUCAACAGGAACUUGCCCAGUUAACCCAAGACAACGAGUUGUGGCCAAAAACAAAGCAGCGGCAAAGCGCAACGAAAUUUCUGUCUCGGUAGUUUCCAUUUUUUUUUUGAGGAUGGGGGCUCGGUGCAGGAAAAAAGUCAUCAUAGCCUGACCUUCAUUGUUGCUUCUAACAUUUAAAUUUGUUUUGCUUUUCCAUUUUUUCGGCUCCGCUGUGCUGCUUUUGUUUUGGCUUCUUUUCGAUUUCAACAGAAAACGUGCCAAAUUUGGCUGCCAGUUGCACGUUCCCCAAAUUUAAUACAGUUCAGCUGGGCUUGGCUGUGGCUCUAGCUUUGACCUGGUCUCGAAUCCAGGGGCUAUGGUCUCUGGUCUGGCAGCGAGCUCUUGACACACAUCCCACUGCUCGUCGGCCUUAUCAGGGUCUUAUCAGCCGGAGAGAAGUUGAGCACUGGGACCGGAGGUGGUUCGAAUCGGGGCGUAAAUUCAGUCGGACGCAGCAUCUCUAGGCGAAAUGUUGGGCUUACUGAGUCUUUGGCUUGUUCCCUACCUAGUUGGCCUCAUCCAAGGGCGUUCCGUGGGUGGAGGGUCGGGAGACUUGGAUGAAUGGCAGGAGUUUGGCGGUCCCCAGCCAGAUCCGACAAUCUUCGCUUACAAUCAGUCUGAUAAGGGGCUACCCUGGGACAGUACAUGGAACUAAACUGUUGAAUAUUUUUAAUUUAAAUAAAAUACCAUCAUACAUUUUA